CCUGAUCUAUUUCGUGAUUUUGAUUUUUCUGCCAAAAGAAAAUAAACAAUCUAACUAAAACACAGAAACCAUUUUUGAUAUUUUGAUAUUCAUCCUUCCAGAAGCUCUUCAUAUAACUUCAGACUUGUCUGCUGAGUCAAGAUGGCACGGUUGGUAAUCUGGGUGGCUGUUUUCGUCUUAUUUGCAUCCUGUGUUGGGACGCCACUGGAGAAUUUGAAGAGGCAUUGGCAAAAAUUAAAAAGCUGGAUUCAUCGUCCAAUCCAACUGAAUAUGGCUCCAAACUCUGUGGAUGACAUGUACGACAAAUGCGAAAAUGACAUGGAGAAAAAAAUAGCGGAGACAUUUUUACAAAAUGAGAUAAACAAAAGUAAGGACUUCAAACAGGCCUGGGAUAGUGCCGAGAAAUACUACAACAAGAAUUGGGCGAAUAACCCGCCGCUGAAGAAGGAACAAAUCAUGGCUCUUUACGCGUACACCCUGAACGUCCCACAGCUGUACAGCGAAUUCAACAAUGCAACCCGAAAACAAAAAUCUGUGUACAAAACCAAAUUCCCGUAUCACACUCUGCACUUCUACCUCACCAUGGCCCUGCGCGCCAUUAAACCCAAAGCAGGAAACUGUGUCACUGUUUUCCGGAGAACAAACGGCGAAUUCAGCAAAAAUGUUCUCAACAAAGAGAUUCGUCUUGGCGCUUUUUCCUCCAGUUCGAUGGGUAACUAUUCUUCCGAGAAAAUAUUUGGUAACCAGUCGUGCUUUGAGAUCUACACCUGUUUUGGAGCAGACAUCUCAGAGUACUCUAGCAUUAAAUCAGAAAAAGAAGUCCUGAUCCCUCCCUACGAAGUUUUUAAAGUAACAGAAAUAAAGAAAGCCGCUGACAACAACAAACUUCCUUGUGAGGUCGUCUACAAGCUGCAGAGCACAGACAAACCUCGUUCCAAUUUAAACUGUACUCUAGUCAAGAGAAAACGUCUGCGUGGUUUUAACUGAAACGUCCUAGAAAUAAAGGCGGUGGUGCUCAGAUCUGGACAUAAUUUGAGAUUUCUUUUUAAAGAAAAUCAGUUCUAUUUUAACAAAACGUAACUCAAAUUUCAUCUCGUUCACUCGAAUCCAAUCCUGAGUUUCACAUGGUGUGUUGAGGGCCGACCGAGUUAUGAUAACAAAUAUCCAACAGUGAAUGUGAACAUGCAUAAUCUUUACUGUGUAAAAUUUUAAAAGAGAAAAUUGUCUAAGUUUUGAAGCUGAAAUUAAGUGACAAGUAACAUUUAAUCGUUAAUUCACAUUUAUUGUGCACAUGAGUUUUAACUGCAACCAUUAGCUUUCCUUUUUUUUACGUUUUCUUUCCCAUAAAAAGUAAUCCCAAACCAGUUCUACUCUGCUCUUUUUUUUCUGAUCCAAUCGCCAGCUUGUUAGAGCAGAUGGCUUCUCAAACUGAGCUUUGUGAUGAUGUCUGUAUGCGGAUUCAGAUAUCUUUUUGACAAGCUACAGUAAGUGUUUAAAAUAUUUUAUUGCUCAUGUGAGUAAGGAAACUGUAAAAUAAUUCAGAAAACAGAAAAAAAAACAAUGCUUUUAUUACAUUGUGGCAUUUUGUAACCCAUUAAUCUGCAUACAAUGUUUAAAGUGAGUCAUUCCUUCUUACUGUCGCCACAUGCUUGAUCAAGAUGUUCAUUUGCUGCAAAGUCAAGAACUCAUAAUAAUUAGCUGGGCUGCUUUAGAUUGUAAUAUUUUUAUGUGACUUCAGUGAAACGAUUAUCUUUAUUUAAAUUUAUUAAAAUGUAUCAAAAUUUGAAUUGUGAACUGCGUAUGCAUGUGAAGCUGGAUUUGAAUCUGUAUGAUUGGACUGUUUUAGAUUGAUAAGAUGUUGAUUUGAACCAGAAUAUAUUCUGUGUGAUUGGACAUGAAUUUGACCCUUUUGUCUUAUGUGAGACGAUGUCUGUUGUGAAUUAUUGCUAUUUAAAAUAACUUUAAAAACUUUAGAUUUUAAAAGUGUCUUUAAAAUAGUUAAAUGUUUGAUGGUUGUGAUCAUUUAUUUUGUUCAUCUGCUAUAUUUCCUGAUUGAUUUUUUCUGUUUUAAUAAACAUUAUAUUGGAA